AUGUCUCGCGAGGCCCUGGGGUGUUCCGCAGCUGCGGGGAGGGGAAUGGGUAAUUCCGGAGGGACAGACGACGCGGAACGCGGGUCAGGAUGCCCAGAGAGAGGAAUGGGGAGCCAAGGAGGGGCAGACGCGGCCGUGCGCGUGUCAGGAGGCGCCCUAGUGGAGGAGGAGUGCGAGAGUGGGGACGAAGAAGAGGAGGCGAGGCGGGUUCGGAGGGCGAACGAGGUGUGGCGGAGGGUGACGUGGGCAUGGUGGCGCGACAACUUCUGGGUGCCAGGGGUGGAGAAGGAGGAGCCCACAGUCACAGUCGAGGAGGACUUUCACGUGGAUCACUGCCUCAAGGAAGGGUGGGCUGGAAGUUUCGGUGGUGGGGGUGGUGAUGCGAGUUUGGAGGAUGAGGAUUGGGAUGCGGCCAGGGGGGUUAAUGAAGCGAACGGUGUGGGUGCCUCCGCCGCUGCUGCUGCUGCUGCUGCUGCUCAUAGCAGCCGCAGUGGCGGUGCUGGCAAGGCGGGGGGAGGAGGUGGCAGUCUUACAGCAGCUCGUGGUGGGGGGUCUAAGGCCUCUGGUGCUAGUAACAGGGCGUCUAAUGGCGAGGAUCCGGCGAAUUGGUUUGCUCUAGGCGAGGUGGUUGUGGAGUCUGUGUGGCUGGACAGGGAGAAAGGGGAGGGGGGCGGUGGGGCGAUGGGGAUGGGGAUGGGGAUGGGGAUGGGGAUGGGGAUGGGGAUGGGGAUGGGGAUGGGGAUGGGAGGAGGCGGGAUGAGGGAGGGGAUACUGGCAUGGCAGCACGAUGAGGAGAUGAGGAAAAUGAGGGGGGCGGGGGGAGAGGGAGAGGUGCGAGGGAGGACGGGGGGGAAAGCAGUGGGGAAGUCAGGGGCGAGAGCAGGCAGCAAGGGGAAAAGGGGAGGGAGGUUGGUGCAGGGGCAUGGAGGCAGGCGAAAGGGGGGUAAGGGGUUGGUAGGGGGAGAAGGUGGGGUGGGGGGAGGGCAGGACGAGGGGAUGGGUGGGGAUGGGUUGAAUGUGGCGCAUGGAGAGGGGUUGGAAGCUCUUGGCUGUUCUGUCAGGGAUGCAGGGGGACAGACUCAUGCGGCUGUAGCAGGGGCGUGUGUGGGGCCCAGUGGGGCGAGCGCGGAGGCAGGGCGUGGCAGGGGGAGGGAGUAUUUCGUGAAGUGGCAGAAGCGGCCUCAUGUGCACAACGAGUGGGUGGAUGGCGAGUGGUUGCACUCGCGAUUCCCGGGCCACCUGGCAGCAUACGAGACGCUCAAGGCGGAGGGCCAGCUGCCUGUGUACCGUAACGAGUGGGCGGAGCCGGAGCGGCUGCUGGGGCGGUUCAAGGUGGUGGGGCUGGGACACGGCAAGAGUGGUGGCAAGGGGCGCGGCAAAGGGCGGCUGAGACGCGUGUCAGACGAGUAUCAGUGGCUGGUGAAGUGGAGGGGCGUGGGGUACGAGCACCUGACAUGGGAGCCGUGCAACAUGCCCUUCCUCUCCACGCCACGUGGCAUGGCGCUGCAGGCGAGGCACGAGAGGGAGAGGGAGGGGUGUGAGCGCAGAGCCACAGCACAGGCCAUGCUGGAGGCAAGAGCCAGACGCGCUGCUCCAUUCGCCAUAACACAGCGUCACCAUCCAAACGGCAUUGCAGCCAUCCACCAGCCAAACGAGGCCCAGCACGCAGAGUCAGUCCAGAUGGCGGCCUUGGAUUGGCUGAGGGCGCUGUGGCAGUGCGAUGGGGCCGCCCUUGACCGCGCAUUGAACGCUGUGUGGGAAUCUGUGGGGGAGAGCAGGCGCGGGCUGGGAUGUGAUGUGGGAGCUGCUGGCGCCUGGCCUGCUGGUGGUGAUGCCAGUUGGGGAGCGGGGGCAGAGGGGUUAGAGGGAGAUAGAGGGAUGGGUGAGGGGGAGGGAGGAGUGGAGGAAGGGGAGAGAGGGGUGGACGAUGAGGUGGGAAGGCGUGCGCUGCUGUGUAUGGACCCUGGCAUGGGCAGCUCCCGUGUGCUCGUGGCGUUCUGCCGCGCCCUCAUCACUCAGUUCAAGUGCGUGCGCCCCAUCCUCGUCAUCUCCCCCUCUCCCCGCCACGCCGCCCGCUGGUGCUCCGAUCUCCGCUCGCCCUGCCCUGGCCUUGCUGCACCGCCACCCACUGCAGCAACAACAGCUGCUGUACCCCCAUCUGCUGCACGAACAGCUGGUGCAGGAGGUGGGGCAGCAGCAGCAGCAGCAGCAGCAGCAGCAGUGGCGGAAGCAGCCGUGGGAGGGGUGGCGAGGGGGGAGGGAGGGGAGAUUCAUGUGUUGAAGUAUGUGGGAGGGUCAGAGGCGGAGCUGGAGGUCAUAUGGGAUAGGGAGAUGCUGCCUGCUGACAGUGCUGCUGCAUGCGCUGCUGCUGGCGCUGCUGCCAGUGCUGCUGCUAGUGCGAGUGCCUGUGCUCAGCCUGGCAGUGGUGCUGCUGACACGCCAGGGGCACCAGCGGAAUCAGGCAUUGUGGUCCAGCCUCAAGUGGUUGUCACCACAGCAGCGAUCUUCGUGCAUCCACUAUGUGCUCCUCCGCCCCUCUCUCUGCAUACUCGCCUGCUCGUGUGUGCUUCUGCUAGAGGGUCAGAGCAGUGGAGUCAGGAGAGAGAACAGCAGAGUGGGCGGCAGAGGCACGGGAGUGCAGUGCGCGCAUGGGACAGACUCUGUGGGGCUGCUGCCGCUGUUGUGGCCGCAGAGGCAGCACAGGAGGAGGCAAAGGCAGUGGGGGGAGGAAAUAGUGACGAUGAGGAAGGGGAGGAUGAGGAAGGGGAGGAUGAGGGGGUAGCAGCAAGGGCAGCAGCAGGCAGAGUAGGAGGGGAUGCAGGAGCAGGGGCGCGAGUAGCAGCAGCAGCAGAGAUGUGCGCAGCUGUUGCUGCAGCAGCGGUGCGGGCUGCAGCAGCCGUGUGGUCAGGAAGGGGGCCGGAGGGGGCGGAGCGGGUGGAGGGGACAGAGGGGAGGAAGGAGGGAUGGGGCAGUGAUGGUGGUGAGGGUGGUGACUUUGGCUGGGGCAGUAGUGUUGGCAGGCAAUGGCAUGUGCUGGAUGUGGGGUUGACCCUGGGGCGGGAUGGGGAUGGCAGAGAGUGUGGAGGCGAUGGUGGGGGACGAGAGUGGGGAGAGGAGGAGGGGCGAGAAGAAAGGGAAUGGGAGGAAGGGAGGGAUUGGGUGGAGAGGAGAAGGGAGAGGGGGGGAGGGAGGGAGGGUGGUGGGGGGCCUGGUGGGUCAUUUGUGGCAGCUUGGGGAGCCGAGCGAGAGGGGAGGCAGUGGGCUUUAAGAAGAACGUGGGCUGUGAGGGGCAGGGCGGUGAGGGAGAUCUGGUGGCCUGCCAGUCUCACUCCCCACCAGCGCGCACUCUACAGGGCGACGAUGCGAGAGCUGAAGCGAGCAGCGAGAGUGCGAGCCCAGCCCGGGACGGCUGCACUGCCUGCAGCAGCGUUCACUGCUCUCCGAAGGAGACUGCUGCAGUGCUGCCACCACGCCCAGCUUCUCUCACCUGAUCCACGCCCUGGCCACCCGGCUAGUGCGCAAGUGAGGGAAGCGCUAGCCAGCAUGCUCGCUCAGCAGUGGGGCGGCAGUGGGAGUGCGUUCCUCCGCCUGCACUCGUCCGACUCCCCUGCUGCCUGCUCCCACACGCUCGCCCAGGUGGUGCGAGGGGCUUCAGGCGAGCAGGGGCGCAGUGUGGUACGGGGAGGGCAAGGGGAGGUUCUGUUUGGCAGAGCAAGGGGUGUGCGUGGUGGGAGAGGGGGUCGGGUGGCAGGAGGUUGUGGGGGAGGAGGAGGUGGGGGAGGGGUGGGUGGGAGAGGAGUGGGUGGGGGAGGAGUGGGCCGGAGAACAUUUGGUGGGAGGGCAGCGAGUUUUGGCAGCAGGAGACAGAGGGAGGCCGUGAGGAGGGGAAGACGAGGGGAAGAGGAGCGGCGAGUGAGGAGAGAGGGUGGAGGAAACGGUGGAGGAGGGAGAAGGAACGGCAGAAGGGCGGUGAGGAUUAAGCUGACUUGUGGCAGGGUGGUGGGUCGAGGGAGAAAUGGUGGAACGGGUAGGGAUAGGCGUGGGGAAACGGAUAGGCGAAGGAGAAGGGAGAGGUGCAGAGGAAGAGGUGAGGAAGAGAGGCGAUUUGGAAGUGGUGCAAGUGAGAUGGGUUGUGGUAGGGAUAGGCAGCAGGUCAGGAGUAGGCAGUACGGCAGGGGUAACCAGCAUGGCAGGUGCAUGGCGGGCAGGGGGGACACGCUGGUGGAGGAACGAGAGUGUGAAGGUGAGGAGCGUGGGGAGGAGGUGAGGGGGCAGGGACGGGGAGGGGAGAGUGAGGUGGGAGUGCGGGUGAAGCAGGAGGAGGUGGAGGAGGAGGUGGAGAUGGGGGUGGAGGAGGAGGAGGAGGAGGAGGAGGAGGAAUACUCAGUGGUGCAAGUGCCGGUGUGGAUGGAGCGUGAGGUGGAGGAGGAUGGUGAAUCGGUGGAGGGGGGUGGUGAGUCGGUGGAGAGGGGUGGUGAGUCAAUGGAUGGGGGUGGUGAAUCGGGGAAGGGGCUAGUGAGGGGGGAGGGCAGUGGCGAGGCGCUGAGAAGAGUGAAAGAGGAGCAGACGGAGGAAGGGUUUGAGGAGGGAAGUAUGUGGCAGGCGCAGCACACGAAAGAGGGGGAGGAGGUUGCGGAAGAGGUUGAGGAUGGGGAGGGGGAGGGGAAAGAGCAGGAGAGAGAUGAAGAGGCAGGGGUGGAAGAGCAAUGGCAGGCGCGAGUGGAGAGAGGGUGGGAGCAAGGGGCGCGUGGUGGAGGACCAGAGAAAGAUGGGAAGGAGAAAGAGGGGGAAGAGGAACAGCACGGAGAGCAGCAGGGAGAGCAGCAGGGAGAGCAGCAGGGAGAGCAGCAGGGAGAGCAGCAGGGAGAGCAGCAGGGAGGGCAGCAGGGAGAGCAGCAGGGAGCAGUAGCAUGCAGAGAGCGUCCGUUUGUGGUGCUAGCGCCAGCAGCAGUGGUCUCGAUGGCCGUGGGUCUGGAUUCUAUAGACGUGGUUAUACUCGUGGAUGACUCAGCAACUCCUGCGUUAACUACACAGAAAGUGUCAUCCCUUUCACUUGAUGCUCAACUCCCCACGACUGACAGCAUCAAGAAUAGGCAUGACCCCUCUGCUGCACCUCAUCCUCACGCUUCUUCUUCCCCCGCCUGUCGCCCUCCUCGCCUUUGUUCUCCCCACUCCUCUCAACUCCCCCGCCCGUCUUCUCCCCCUACCCCUCGGCCCUACCCUGCCGUGCAGCGCCUGCUCGCCUCCCUGCUCUUCCACCGAGACACCUGCUCCACCGCUCCCAGCCCCUCUCCACAGCAGCAGGGCUGCAGCGUACCGCCUCUCACCGUGCUGCGCCUCUACUGCCCUGCAACUGAGGAGCAGCGGCUGCUGGAAAGCGCCUGGCAUGGCGCAGCGAGGGGCUUUGACUGGACUCAAGACUCUGAAGAGCAGCGUGUGCUGCAGGGCUACAGGCAUGGCGCAGGGAGGGGUCUGGGGGGAUCCGUGGGGGGAUUUGCUGGUGGGGUGGGGGCGAAGGUAGGGGAGGAGAGAAGAGAGGAGCGAGAGGAGAGUAGGGGAGAGGUGAGAGGCGUAGGGGUGGAGGUAGGCGAAGGGGUCCGUGGAGAAGGGGAGGAGAUGCAGUGGGAGGCGAGGAGAGGAGUGAAGAGGCGUGCUGGUGGGAGGGAGGGGGAGUGGGAGAGGGACGAGGAGCACGGGGAGGAGGAGGAGGAGGAGGAGGAGGAGGAGCCAAGGAAGGGGAAGGAAGGCAAGCAGGGGCGGAAGAGGCGAAGAGUGGACUGCUGUGCUGGUUCUAUGGAGGAAGGAGGUGGGGAGGAACGGGGUGACGGCAUUGCGGGGAGAGGGGACGUGAGGCAGGAGGAAAGGGGGGGAGGGAGUGCUAAUGGGAAGGGAGUUGGCGAGGAGGAGGCAGGAGAGGGGCAUAGGAUGGAGUGCAGGGGGAAGGGGUGGGGCAGCGGGGAAGGUGCUGUAGGUGUCAGGCAGCAGUUGAGGGAGAUUCUUUUAUACUGGGCGGCGAACAAGCGGAGUGUGAAAGAAUGGGCGGGGAACAGUGCCCUGCAUUCUGAGCCCGUCACGUCUGUGGCUUUGGAUCGGGUUCUGGCUUGGCCCGGACCUGCAGGUCCGGUUGUUUCCGAGCCUGUGAGAGGUGUUUUGUCUAUGAGGGAUUUGGAGGCUGUUGCAGGGGAGGUAAGAGGGGAAGAUGGAGUGGGAGGGAGAGAAGAGGAGUUAAGAGGAGAGGGACUUGGGGAGGAGGGGCAUGGGAUGGGAGCGGAGGAGUGUAGAAUUGGAGGGGAGGAGGAGUGUAGGAUUGAUGGGGAGGAGGAGGAGGAUAGGGUUGGAGGGGAGGAGGAGAAGCAUAGUAUUGGAAGGGAGGAGGAGGAGCAUACAAUGGGAGGGGAGGAGGAGGAGCAUACAAUUGAAAGGGAGGAGGAGGAGCAGAGGUUGGACGGAGGGAAGCAAAGGCGUGAGGCCGGGCAGGAGGUGGGAAGUGAGAAGAUAAGGGUGGAAUGGAGAGACUAUGGGCAUGGGCUGGAAGAGACAGGAAGCGGGGAAGAGGUGGCAGGGGAGGAGAGACGAGAUGGGAUGGAAGGAAUGGUGGGAGGAAGAGGAGGGGAGGGAGUUCAACUGAGGGAUAAUGCAGGCGAGAGGUUGGGAGUGGAGAAUGGGGCGACAGGGAAGGCAGAAGGAGAGGCCACGGCCAUGGCAGAUGGAGGAGGGCAGGGCGAAGAGAGCAGGGCGGGUAGAGAGGGCGGGGAGGGCAGGGAGGGCGGAGAGGAGCGAGAGAGUGAGGCAAAUGGAGCGGAUGGCGGUUGUGCGCGGUGUAGAGGGGUGAGAAUUAAUGUGAGAAGCAGUGACGGUAGCACUUUGAUAAGUGAUGAAUGCAGCGCACGGACUAGUGGUGUGUGGCGGUCGAUUGAGAUUGUACAGGGCGGCAUUGCUGCUGCUGUGGCUGAGGCCAGGAGGCUAGUGGGUGAGAGAGGGGGGGAGCUGGGCAGGCAAGGAGACCAGGGAGUGACAGGGACGAGGGGAGAGGGGGAGCGAGAAGGUGGAGGCAUGGUGGGGGACGCAGGGGGGGAAAGGGGAGCAGGAGAAGGGAUGGCGAGGCUGGCUGGAGCAGAUGGGGAGGGAGGAGUGGGGAGGGAGGGAGGAGUGGGAAGGGAGGGAGGAGUGGGAAAAGAGGGAGAAGUGGGAAGGCAGGGCGGAAUGGGAAGGGAGGGAGGAGCGGUCGAUGGGGCACAGAGGCUAGGCAAGGGUGGCGAGGAGGGGAGUGAGGAGAUGGAGGAGGGGGAGUGGCAUGAGGAGGACAAGGUGAGAAGUGACGCAAGUGGUCGCGAUGAUGGGCAUCCCUUGGAGCAGCACAGGGCCCAUGAGGAGGGAAGGGGCCUGGCAACGUGUGAGCAGGAGGAGCAAGACUCACACCAGCAGCAGCGAGAAUUACAGCAGCAGCAGCAGCAGCAGCAGCAUGAGCAACAGGAUGGGCGGAAUGAGCCUUGUGAACAGGCAGGGCAUGAGCAUCGAGACAGCUCUCUGCGCCGCUCUCACUCAUCCCCGUCCCGCCACUCCCGCAACCCACCCUCCACUCUCUCACGCUCCUUCUCCCACCUCCACCCACCAUUCCCCCCCACCCAUCCGCCAGUCCACGCCCCCCUCCCUCUCGCACCCCUCAGCCCGAAUUUCCGCGCUAGCAGGCAGCAGGGAUCAAGGGACGGAGCAGGUCGGACUCUUGACCCAAGGGGCGUUGGGCCCCAUGGAUUGCCCCCCACGCCCCUCGCUGCACUGCCCACCCCCCAUGCCUCACAUGUGUACAGAACUCAUGAGGAAUUUGAACGGGCCCAUGCAUUGUCUGCCCAGGGGCCCAGUCAUCUCCAUCAUCCCCAUGGGUUUCCGUCCCUCCCUCCGCCUGUGUUCGUAUCCCUCCCACACCCCCGUGGUUUCCAGCUGCCCAGUCAGCACCGCCCACAUCUGCCAAGUCAGCAUGGCCCACAUCCACCCAGUCAGCAUGGUCCGCUUACCCUUAUACCACGUCAUCAUCCGCCUGGCUUUCCUAUGCUUUUCCACGCCAACCAUCCCCCCACCUUUUUCCUCGCACGCCCUCCAAACGCCCACCCCCAUUAUCCUCACACUGCUGCUCCCAACCACACUCCUACGCCUCCUCCCACUCCCCGCAACCACCCCCAAUCUCCUACCACCUCCCGCGUCCCUCCCAACUCCCCUUCGAACGCACCUUCCAGCCCUCACCAACCACGUGCCUCCACCCCCCAUCCGCCCCUGCCCCUGCCAUUUUCCCCCUCCAAGAAGGCUCGUGUGUCGACCCAGAAGUCCAAUUCCCCUUCCAGCAGUCCCCACACACGUCCUCCCCCACCCAAUGCACACCCAGCCCGGUCACUCCCCCCAGCUAGCCACCCUCCAAGCCCACCAGCACUGCCUCAAAACGGCCACCACCCAAUCAGUGCCCCACACCGCCCUGACUUACCACCUGAACGCCGUUCUCCACCUGUUUUUUCACCUGAGCGUGCGCCUGAAUGGUGCCAUGGGCCCCCUGGAGCUGGUAUCAGUGAUCGCUCUCAGGUGAAUUCUCAGGUGAGGUUCCGUGGCGACCAAGCGGGCUCGUGUGAUCUAGAUACUCCGAGGUGGCAGGAGGAUCUGCCACGUGGCUCAACAAAAGAAGGGAGAUGUGGCGUGGUGAGUGCUGAGGCGCAUGAGUGGGAGGAUGACGUGGCAGAUUACAUGUCACCGAAAGAAAAGACACGUGGAAAGCUGGGAGAUGAGGCAGGCACCAAAGGGGAUGACGUGGCGAAGCAGGUGCCAGCUGGCCUAUCGAAUGCAGUGACAUGUGGAACGGAAAGCAGGGGAAUACGUGGUGAAGGAAGGGAUGAGGUGACAGGCCAGGUGCCAGCGAGCAUCCCACGUGGCAGAGAGGGGCACGAACAGCCCCUUAGCCAGGUGGCAGCAAGCAGUCCACGUGGCAGGGAGGAACCUGAAGCAACGCCAUCCCCUGACGGAGGGUCAAAGGGGGGGGUACCAGGGAGAACGAGAGGGAGAGCUGUGCGACGGGGGUGUGGAGUGGUGCGGGGAGGUGUGCUGGUGAGAGUGGGAAGAGGGAGGGGGGUAGGAGGGCGAGGGAUUGGAGGAACGCGGGUGGGAGGAAGUAAGGAGGGGCCCAAGAAUGGGCAGAUGAAAGCCCGGGGAGAGGAAGAGGGAGCGGGGAUGGCAGGAGAGGGAGGUAAAGGGGGGGAUGGUCAUGGGCAGCUGUUGCGUGCAGAGUUUGAUGCAGCUGUUGCAGCUGCUGCUGCUGUUGUGGCUGCUGCAACUGCAUCUGCUUCUGGGGCUGCUGGGGUGACCAAGCGGCGUGGGGAUGGUGCAGAUGGUGCGAUGCGAGAGAUGCCGAGUGGGAGGGCUGCAGUGGAGAGGAGUGCGGGGAGGUCUGUGCUGGGCAAGCGAUCACGGCGCGAGGCUGGCUUGAACGGGCUGGAGGAAGGCAUGGGAGGGGAGAAGGUAGGCGUGGAGAGGCAGGCGCAGGAGGAUGGGGCGAUGCCGAAAGAGGGGCUUGGAGGAGAGGCGGGGCGGGUUGCAGCAGGGGGGAGGCUGGUGGGCGUGCACGUGAUAUCAGCGAAAGGCAGUCAGGAGGCGGCAAAGCCAAGGAACAGGCAGAAGGAGGGUGGUGAAGGAGAGGUGGGGGCGGUUAACAAUGUGGGGAUAUCAAUGGAUGUGGCGGAUCAGGUGAUUACAACGGGGGAGAAGCUGGUGGGCGUGGAUGUGAUUGCAGGGAAAAGCGGUCAGGGGAUGGUGGAGGUAAGGGACAGCCAGAGCGAGCGUGGCGAAGGGGAGGUGAUAUCAGUGGGAGGAAGCGGUCAGGCGGCGGUAGAGCUAAGGGAUGGGCAGACGGAGGGUGGUGAAGGCGAGGUGGCUGGAGACGGGCAGGCGAUUGAAGGGCGGAUGGAGGAGAAGGGAAGGGCGGGGGAGGCGAGAGAGGAGGGGAGAGGGCAGGUGGAAUCGGGGAAGGAGGGAGGUGACGAAGAGGAAAACGAGAGGGAGGAAGGAGGAGGGCGAGGGAAGGAGGCGGAAGGAGGUGAGGGGGAGGAAGGGGAGAAGCAGCCAGCGGUUGAGGUGGACAGAUGCAGCAGGGAGGAAGGAGAGAUUGAUGGUGCAGAUGGUGUGGGGAGGGAGAGGGGUGAGAGGAGAGAUGGGGCGGAGAUGGAGGUGGGAGGGAAUGAAAAGGAAGUGGGGGAGGAGAGGGAAUUGGGGGAUGGGAGGGAAUUGGGGGAUGGGAGGGAAUUGGGGGAGGAGAAGGAAGUGGGGGAUGGGAGGGAAGUGGGGGAUGGGAGGGAAGUGGCGUCAACUCAGGGUGAGGGCGGUGAGUGUGGGCAGGAGGAGGAAGAGAGAAGCGCGCUUGUACCUCUGGAAAUUGCUGCAGUCGGCACUGCUGCAGUCGACACUGCUGCGGUCGACACUGCGGCACCUGACGUCCCUGGAGCAGAUGCUUCCCCCAAGAGCACACCUGCUAUGAACGCAGCUGUAGCAGACACAGGUGCAGCCGAGACAGCUGUAGCAAGUGCAGCCGAGACAGCUGUAGCAAGUGCUGUCGAGACAGCUGUAGCAAGUGCUGCCGAGACAGCUGUAGCAAGUGCUGCCGAGACAGCUGUAGCAAGUGCAGCCGAGACAGCUGUAGCAAGUGCAGCCGACGCAGCUGUAGCAAGUGCAGCAGACACAGCUGUAGCAGACACAGCUGUAGCAGACACAGCUGUAGCAGACAUGGUUGUAGCAGCAACAGCUCCAGCGUCGGAUACAGUUGCACCGGAUACAGCCGCACUGGAUACAGCCGCACCGGAUACAGCCGCACUGGAUACAGCCGCACCGGAUACAGCCGCACUGGAUACAUCCAUGAGGGGCCAUGAGGAGAGGGGAGAGGGAAGCAGGGAGGGGGGCGAGAAGGAGCAGGUGAGUGGAAAUGAAGCGGAGGGAGAGGAGGGGAUUAUGGAUGCUGGAGAAGAGGGGGCAGAGGGAGAAGAGGGUACAGAGGGGGCAGGGGGGGCAGAAAUGGCACAGGGGCCAGAGAGGGAAGAAAUGGCAGAGGGGGCAGAGGGAACAGAGGGAACAGAGGGAGCAGAGGGAGCGGAGGUAGCGGAGGGAGCAGAGACGGCAGAUGGGGCUGUGAGGGCAGAGGGGGCAGAGGGAGCAAUGGAAACAGAGGCAGGAAAGAGGGGGGAGGGGGCACAAGCAGGUGUAGUGACAGGGCUGGCGGAUGGGGAAGGAGCAGGAAGAACCUUUGGGGGAGCAGGGGAGGUGGCGAUGGCAGAGGCACAUGCAGAAACGGCAGGGGAGGUAGAGGGAGAAACAGCAGUAAGAGCGAGGAAAGGAGUAGGUGGGGAGAUGGAGGGAGGGGAACAGGAGAGUGGAGGACAACAGCAGCAGCAGCAGCAGAAUGGUUACACUGCUGCUGGUGUGCCUGGCAGUGCUAGCAGCACCACUCCUCCCCCCUCAGACCACAUACCCAUGGAAAGUGCCUCUCUCUCUGCCGCCCAGGGUCUCACCCCUGUCACGCGGGAUAUCAUGCUGGCGGAGCGGCUGCGUCUGGAGGAUCUUAUGAAGCACCAGCAGGCUGCCACGCUGGCAGCAGAGCGCCAGCUGGAUGAUGAGAAGGAGCGCCAGGUGGCGCUGGUGCUGCAGCGGUUUGAGCGGAGGAAGGCGGUGGUGAGAGCGAAAGGGGCGGCAGAAAUGGAGAGGACAAGGGAGGCCAUAGGGAUGGUGGACGGCCAGAUUCCGCUGCUGCAGGCUUGGCAGGCGAAGUACUCAAGUGGGGCAGGGGCAGCAGCCUCGGGAGCAGCAGGUUCGGGAGCAAGGGUUGCUGGAGGUGGUGCUGGGACUGCUGGGACUGCUGCGACUGCUGCGACUGCUGGGACUGCUGGGGCUUCUGCUGGUGGUGCUCAUGGCAGUGGUGCAAGGGUUGCUGGACGUGGUGGUGGUGUGGGAGGAAUGGGUGUGCAGUCACUAACCGCAGCAGCGCUGCCUGCAGCAGCAACAAGCACCCGAGCAGUAGCUGUCGGCACGCCAGACACCAUGCAUGCAGGCACCGCGAACAUGCAGACGAGCAUGCACGCUGCACGGCAUGCUGCAGUGAGCGCAGUGAAUGCAGCCAUGAGUGCAGUGAGUACGGGCAUGAAUGCAUCUGCAGUUGCUCCCCAGCAAGGCCCUGUGACGCCACCUCCUGUCUCUGCUGCUGGUCUCUCAGGCCAGCAAGAGUUCAUUCAGCAGCAGUGGCAGCGGCAGCAGCAGCAGCAGGUGCCAAUGCAGCAGCAGCAGAAUGUGCAUGUGCGUGCACACAUGCCCUCUCUGCCACAUCCCGUGGUGGGCAUGCCAAGCCGUUCUCUCUCUGCUGCUGCUACAAAUGUUGGUGCCAGAGCUGCUGCUGCUGCUUCUCCUGCUGUUGCUCCUCCUGCUGCAACUGCUGGUGCUGUGCCGUCUGCUCGAGUGGCCGUCGCUCCACUCCCCCGUGCCUUUCCUCCCACUGCUGGUGGCACGGCAAGAGCUGCUGCUGGCACGGCAGGAGCUGCUACUGACACGGGUGGCUUGCCUUGUCUGAGCUCUCAACGGACCCAUCAGCAGCAACGACAGCACUACCAGCAGCAGCAAGAACGUCAGCAGCAGCAAGAACGUCAGCAGCAGCAGCAGCAGCAGUGGCAGCAGCAGCAGCAGCAGCAACAGUGGCAGCAACAGUGGCAGCAGCAGCAGCAGCAACAGCAGUACCAACAACAACAGCAGCAGCAGCAACAGCAACAACAGCAGCAGCAGCAGCAGCAGCAGCAGCAGCGUGGCAUGCCUGUAUCAGCGGUGCAAGACAUAGCUGCCAUGGAAAAUGCUUUUGUGCACCGAUGGCUGUUGCAACAGCAGCCGCCACAGCAAUGGCAGCAACAGCAGCAGCAGCAACAACAGCAGCAACAGCAGCAGCAGCAGAACUCACAUCUAUUCACAGUUUCAGGGGUGAAUCGAGUGUUCGCUGCACCUUCUGCUGCCAUCCCUCUGCCUGCUCCACUUUCCCCCUCCGCUGCCACUGCUGCCGUUUCCCAUUCUGCUGCUGCAAUAUCUCCUCCUGCCCUCGUCGCUACAGGUGUACCUCUCGCGCCCUCUUCUCCUGCUGCCCCCCCACAUGCCCUCCGCUCACCGCCCCCUACACCCCACGGGCAGUGCAACGCCACCUCGCCUCCCUCACAUGCCAUGCAUCCGCCGUCAACUGGCCCCCAUGCCCCUCUCAACGCCAACCCUGCUCACCUUCCUGACAUGGCACAGCCUCAACAUGCUGCUGCCCCACACGCCCAGCAGCAGGGGCACAUGCAUGGGGGCAUGGCAGCAAAUGUGAUUCUCAUUGACUCUGACGAUGAGUAG